AGAUGCCCCACGUGAUCCCCUCUUAUCGAUAAGAUGAUGGCAUCGCCAACCGAUACAGUCCCUCUCUCGGCAACAUUAUCGAAUAUCUCCAGACACCAUCGGCAUAAGUCUCACUCGCAAUGUCUGAACCGACUGUGCUUCGCAAGGAUCAAUUAGAGAUCAGUUUACACAAUGAAAAGAAACUGAUCAAGGAGGGAACCAUCAAGGACGAUAACCCUCUCGAUCUUAGUGAGCCGUUUCGGGAGCUUUGCACUGCUUGUCGUAAGGGGGAUCUCAAAGUUUGUCAAGAGAAGAUCACAGAAGGAGUCAAUAUUAAUGCUCGCGACCCCUAUGAUUACACCCCCUUGAUCUUGGCAAGUCUCUGUGGCCAUUACGAGGUUGCCCAAUUGCUUCUCGAGUCCGGCGCAUUAUGCGAGCGAGAUACAUUCCAAGGGGAAAGAUGUCUAUACAAUGCUCUGAACGACCGCAUUCGGAAUUUGUUGCUUGAAUAUGACUAUUCUAAAUCGACUGAUCCCCUUCAACCCCUUGCAGCUCACAUCUCCUCCCUCCUCACCCGGGACCAGCCUGGGACGUCUGAUAUCGUUGUGAGUGCCGAGGAUGAGCCUCUGUACUUACAUAAAUUCAUACUCUCUGCGCGAUCACCUUACUUCCGGAGGAAGCUGGCAGCUUCCCCUGAUACCGCAACAUGGAACCUCCCCAGCACUAUACCACCACAGGCUUUUGCCGCAGCGAUCAGAUAUCUAUACUUCGGGGAAGCACCCCGUGAAUUAAGAAGCGGACCUGGCACGGGUUUCACUGAAUCGGAAGUCUUUGCUGGCAUCGAUAGGAUUGCCAGUCACUUGGAGAUCGACACUCUUGUGGACAGCAUUCUUGACAGUGGUGACAGGAGACUAGCCAGGCAGAGGAGAACUACGGAACUUACAAAGGGGAGAGACCAAUUAGAGGAAUGGUUCCGCAACAAUGUUCUACAAAAUAAGUUGGUAGUCGAAACAAUCAAGGCAGAGGACAUCAAAUGGGAUCGCAACAAUUCCAUAUAUGCAGAUGUCUUGCUCCAGGCUGAUGAACUGCCGGAGGAUACGGAUGAGCAUAUCAACGGUAUCCUACAGCCAGGAGGCGUUGCCAAUGCUGGCUCAAAAGAGCAAAUCCGGAAGUCGGUCCUCUUUCCCUGCCAUCGGGCAAUGCUUUUGAGGUCUGAAUUCUUCCAUACCAUGUUCUCGUCACCAUUCCGUGAAGCGCAUCUAAAAGAUCAUUUACACAUCAUCAAUGUCGACUGCUCCCCUGACGUGCUAGAAAUUAUCCUUACGUUCCUUUACACCGAAAGGGCCGAUUUCCCGCUUGAAGUUGCGGUUGACGUUCUGUUCGCUGCAGACAUGCUGUUUAUAGAGAAGCUUAAAACCAGAGCAGCAGUUGUGAUCAGCACCCUCGGUAGCGGUAACAUGUCCCAGGCGGAAGCUGCGAAGACCCGGGGCACUAAGGAGGAAGAUGACCUCGAAAUAUAUGCCAUCAUUCGAGCUGCAUGGAUGACACGGGUUCAACGACUGGAGGAAUUCGCGGCUCGCUACCUGGCGUAUCGGCUGGAAGCCCACAUCGACUCACCUGAGUUUGCUGAACUAAUUCAAGAGUCGGCAUCUCGUAUCCAAGGAAGACAGGAGACCGAUUCUAUCGAGCUGCUAGACGACAUUCGCUUUUACCUGGGCGAGCGAUUCAGACUCAGGUUCGACGACACUGGCCUUGAAGAAAUGAUGGAAGAGGAGGCCGAGCAGCAUGCCACCGGCGCGAAUGCCAACGAUGAGAGUAUUGAAAAGGUUGUGCAUGGUGUAGGAGCAAUCGAUCUUACAAACAAUGGUUCCGUUGAAGGACGUAAGGGUGCAGAACAUAUUUCCCAGGAAGACCAGAAUCAUGACCAUGUCAUGCGCAACUUAAACGGAGAAAUUGUCGUGGAUGAAUUCGAUAAGGAUUCGAUGAACUAUCACAUCUUGAUGAAUAAACUCGACAAGAUCUUGGAGAGCUUGGAUCUGGAAGCUUGAUCUUGGUCUUGACGAGGAGGCAGCGUUAGAUGCAAGCCAGGUAAAUAUGACGAUUGAUGAUUUCACGCAGGAUAUAUACAAAAUCCGUUCAUAUACAUAUAUACAUAGAAUGUUGCAUACCUAUACGUUGUUCUUGAUGCAUAUUCCUUGGGUUGAUGAUUAUAUAUUGGAAUAAACUCGUGCUGACUCUCUCUCUCUCUCUCUCUAUAUAUAUAUCUCUCUCUUUUUUUUCUCUAUUUACCAAAGACAUUUGUACAUGCAUUGAUUCUCUAACAUCCACGAGUGACCUCAAACCACAGCUUCAAACGUCUACCUCUACACUAUCCCUCACCCAGAAUCAUGGUAUAAAUCACUGUCAACUUCUGGUCAAAACUACCCAAUCUACACAAUC